AAAAGUAGGACAUAAAAAAAAUAUUUAGGAUUAGCGAAUCGAGAUAAAAUCUAGUGGCUGGAGGGAGUUAGCGGCUGCAGGAGGGAGUGACUGAAAGUACAAAUGCUCGUGGCUUGCUACUGGCCAACGACAAUAGUAAUCAGUAAGUGCGUUCAGUUCAACAGGAAAGGUGCAGUCCGAAAAAAAUUGCCAAUUUUUAGCCGAUAUUUACUUCAUUUCCCGAAAUUAAAAUUUUAAAAAUUUCCAAAGUGGAAAAUGUAUCGGUAGUGGAUUGACUAUUUCCUGAAAUCUAAAAAGUAUCAGCAGUGGUCAGGACAAUUAGUGGAUAAUGACGGAAACCACUGAUGUCGCUAUCAGAGAGAAGCUACCAUCUCACGAUCACAACGGAAAUGAGGAGAAGAAGUACUAUUCCACCUGGAGGCAGGCAGCACCGCAGGUGUGUGCUGUCAUGGCAAAGAAUCUUCUGCUAUUGACGUUUGGAUCAACUUUAGGCUUCCCAACGAUUCUCCUUCCAGCCCUGCAGAAGGAUGAUCCUGACGUUCCAGUGACAAUGGAAGACCUCACGUGGAUCAGCAGUAUAAAUUUGUUUGCUGUGCCACUGGGCUGUUUGGUGAGUGGUCCGAUCUCCCAAUACCUUGGGAGAAGAAAAACAAUGCUCAUAUCGAACAUCCCAUUCGUAGCAUCCUGGAUUAUCCUUCACUAUUCGACUAAUGCACCAAUGUUAUUCAUCGCCCUAUCCCUGACUGGUCUCACGGGUGGGUUAACUGAAGCACCAGUACUGACUUAUGUUGCUGAGGUGACCCAGCCACACCUGCGUGGCAUGCUGUCAGCGACUUCAACAAUGUCAGUUAUCCUUGGUAUUUUCACACAAUUGCUGACAGGAAGUCUAACGGAUUGGAGGACAGCCUGUCUCAUCAAUCUUACUUAUCCUGUGCUCUGCUUUGUUACACUUGCUAUUGUACCUGAGAGUCCUUACUGGCUAGCAGGUAAAAAUAGGAUGGAGGAUGCAGAGAAAUCCCUGAGAUGGCUUCGAGGCUGGGUCCCGUCGUCCAGCGUACGGGAAGAGCUGCAGCUCAUCUUGAAGACCAUUCGCCAUCCUCAAACUGAUGAAGAACAUCCAAAAGAAAGUCAUUGGUCUCCAUUCUUCAGACGGACAUUCAUCGUCCCCUUCAUGCUUGUCAGCCUCGUCUUCUUCCUUGCAGCCUUCGGCGGCUCCGCAACUCUCCAAACAUUUGCGGUCUCCAUAUUUGAUAAAGUCGAGGUACCAAUGAACAAGUACACAGCAACACUGAUCCUGGGAGUAGCUGAGCUUCUUGGAACUGCCAUUUGUGUUGCCUCGAUCCAUUUCGUAGGGAAGAGGAGGCUCAACUGGGUGUCCAUCAGUGGAACUGGCUUAUGCUUCUUGGGCAGUGCCAUUUAUAUUUAUUUGCUCGAGUUAAAGCAGAUUGAGAGAGGGACUUACAGCUGGAUCCCAACGACAUUCCUCAUUGGGUCUGCUUUCAUCUCUCAUAUGGGAAUCCGACAGCUUGCUUGGAUCCUCGCUGGCGAAGUCUUUCCAGCAAAUAUAAGAAGUUCUGCAACUGGAAUAGCAGCAGCAGUAAGUUACAUCUUUAUGUCCGUCGUAAACAAGAUAUUUCUGUAUAUGGUCAAUGCGCUGGGCCUAUCAGGAACAUUUCUGUUCUACGCUGGUAUGAAUCUGGCCGGUGGUAUCGCACUUUAUCUAUCAUUGCCGGAGACUGAGGGUAGAACGCUCAAGGAAAUUGAAGAGCAUUUCGCUGGCAUUCAGAGUCUUCAUCACAGACCGAAAAAGGAUGGAUUCGAGGAUAAAGAGAAAUGGGCAAGCGCCAAUCCGGCCAUGGUCCUCGACGAUGUUGAGAGCAAACUAUGAUCACUUUUCGGGCUCAUAUGCUGACGUGAUAUAUUAGUUUCGCUGGUGAUGAAAAAUUUGGGGCAUCGGAUAUUAUCAGGAGUAAUGAAAUGUAUGACAUUGCGCAAUAAGGUGUCCGGCAGGGAGAAAAUUUUCAUUGGCCACCCCCUCAAAUUGUGAUACUAUGGUCCGGGAACGUCUCUGAAGUAAAUCUUUCGGGGAAAAAAACAGGACAGUUCUCUUUUUAAAAUUUUUUCCGCGCAAAUCUGUUUAAGGUUGUUGUCAUGUAGAUUAAGCUGUCGACAUUUUCUAAUGAUUUUUUUUCGUAGAUAAUCCUGACGAUUUCCUUUAAAAAGUUCGUCGGAUUAUUUUUUAGUUACCGCCGCAGUCCUGAGAUAUAUUUUUUUCUUUUUAAUUUUUAAAACGUUUUUUUCAAUAAAAAUUGAAAUUAUUAUUCAUUGUUCAGAGCUUUGACUGAGCUCAAUCAAUUCAUUUAUGGUUAUAAGUAGUUUUCAAAAAGUCUGAUGAGCCGUCUUACCCCAUCCCCACGUAUACGGCAGACUUAGGGGAUUCCCUAUUGCCGGUGGGAUUGGAAUGUUUCUUGUUCAAUGAUGUUCUGAUUUGUUAGUCUAAUAUUAAAUGUUAAUUUCUUUAUCGCUCUCAUUAAAUUUAAUUCUCUAAUUUCCUUUACAAGACAGAAUAUAUCAGGUGUAGGGGAAGCCAGUCUUAUGUGACGUCACAAGAUGUGGAACGCUAAAUAAAUUUCCCGUCUUACAUGUGAAAAAUAGUGGAGAAGCAAAAUCGUGAAGCGUUCUACGUUUUUCCAGAUGGUGACCAAGCAGAAUUGCCAGAUGGCUAUUUUUUUAAAAACAUCACAUUGAUUUUACACAGUCAUGAUCAAUGGCAGAAAGUCAAUAAUGCAAAUGAUUGACGUUUCACGAACGACGUUAUGGACAUCUCAUUGAGAUUUCCUUAUAAUGUACUCGAUAAGAAAAAUCAAACAGAAUUUUGAAAAAAUCGUCAUUUAGCCUUUAACUAAGACCUAAGCAAAAAAACUGAUUCUGAUCAAUUUUAUAUUCCUCAGUCAUCAAGAAAGAUGUCACAGAAUCGAAAAUUUAGUUCAAUAAAACAAUUUUUAUUGCAAAAA